AUGGAAAAGAAGAAAGCGACGGUGCCUCUUGUUUGUCACGGUCACUCUCGUCCAGUUGUUGAUCUCUUUUACAGUCCUGUCACUCCCGAUGGUUUCUUCCUUAUUAGUGCAAGCAAAGAUGCUAGCCCCAUGCUGAGGAAUGGAGAGACUGGAGAUUGGAUUGGAACAUUUGAAGGGCACAAAGGUGCAGUUUGGAGUUGCUGUUUGGAUGCUAAUGCUUUGCGGGCUGCAACUGCUUCUGCUGAUUUCUCUACCAAAGUUUGGGACGCGUUAACUGGAGAUGAGUUACAUUCUUUUGAGCAUAAGCACAUUGUUAGAGCAUGUGCUUUUUCUGAGGAUACUCACCUUUUGCUCACUGGAGGAGCCGAGAAAAUUCUCCGAAUUUAUGAUUUAAAUCGACCUGAUGCACCACCCAAAGAAGUGGAUAAAUCCCCUGGUUCAGUCAGGAGUGUUGCAUGGCUUCACAGUGACCAGACAAUUUUGAGUUCAUGCACUGAUAUGGGAGGUGUGAGGCUAUGGGAUGUAAGAACUGGUAAUAUAGUUCAAACACUUGACACCAAGUCACCUAUGACUAGUGCUGAAGUCAGUCAGGAUGGUCGUUAUAUUACAACAGCUGAUGGUUCUACUGUCAAGUUUUGGGAUGCAAAUCAUUAUGGAUUGGUGAAGAGCUAUGAUAUGCCGUGCACUGUGGAAUCAGCUUCAUUGGAGCCCAAGUUUGGGAACAAGUUUGUUGCUGGGGGAGAAGACUUAUGGGUUCAUGUUUUUGAUUUCCAUACUGGCAAUGAGAUUGCAUGCAACAAAGGUCAUCAUGGUCCUGUACACUGUGUCCGUUUCUCUCCUGGAGGAGAAUCAUAUGCAUCAGGAUCGGAGGAUGGAACCAUCAGAAUAUGGCAAACAGGCCCAUUGACUGCUGGUGAAUCAGAGGGUUUAUCACCAAACGGAUCCCUAGAAAAGGAGAAGGCAAAUGCAGAGGAGGAUGUUUCACGCAGAAUUGAGGGUUUUCAUAUUGCAGAUGAGACCAAGUCCAAGGGAAAGGAAGAGGCGGGGGAUGAGUUAUGA